ACUGACUUUUGUUUCUGGCUCUGUCUUAAACCUCUCUCAUGUCAUUCCCUGGACUUCAGUUGGUUGACUCAAGAUUUCAGUUAGAUAGUUGAAAAGCCCUUUCUUCUACUGCACUUCAGUGACACCUUGUGUUCAGUAUUAUUACCAUCAAGGCUGUGAUGUUGCUGCUGAAGAACCACGAAGACGUCGCUUGAAGGAAGGAGUAUCACUUGUCUUCCAUUCUUUGCACAUUCAUUACUUAUCAAUGGGAAUUACUGGUCUCUUUAUAAGCCCCUCUGCACUCAAUAGCUGCCAUUCCACUGUCACUCACACAAACAAAACUACGUAAGUUGAUCUAUGCAGUGGCGGUCAAGGGCAAAGAACCGGUAAUUCUACCUAUGCUACUUAAGGAUGUUGAGGAUGCAUGAUAAGGUGGGAAUGGAUAUGUACAUGGUGUUUAUGUUGGUAGUGUUUAGUGGCCCCAAGGAAGACUAGCAAUCACUCUGUGGAGGCCAGUGAUAGAAUAAAUAAUAAAUACAUGAAGAAUGAUGAAUCUAGAAAAGUCAGGUUGUAAGUUGAACUACAUUACAUAGUGGGAUUCUCUGACACCUGAAUGUUGCUGAGAUGUGACGUUUACGGAACAAUGUGUGUUUGCGGUUAAGUUAUGGUACACCAUUAUUUUAUUUUCCUCAGUUUAAUUGUUGAUUGUAUCUUUGUUGUGCAGUUUUGUUGGGCUUUUCAAAAUAUGAUAUGUUUCGCAGGAACGUACAUCUUCCCUGUCUCCAGACCAUUUGAUGCUCUAAUGUUUGUGUUACCGAGCACGUCACCUGCACUUGAAGGCACCACCGACUGACAAAACGUCCUUCCCGGGAUUUUCACGCGCUGCGUUGCCAUGGGGACUUUGUUUUCUUCCUCCGCCUUGUACAAAGUGAUAGGUUGUGCUUUAAAAUAAAGUAAGGGCUUUGUGGGCAAACUCGGGAAAAGUGUUACUGCCUUAGCUGUCCAGACGUAGCGGGUACGUGAACAACCAAGUGUAAGGCCUGUAAUGGACUUUAGGGGACUUUUUCCAGGUCGGUAGCAAGCGCGUGCAAACAAGGAAACUCGUGUAGCUGGCUAACGUUAUCCUUCAACCUCAGUGUGCAGCUCCUGCCUGAUCCCAUAAUGACCAGCCGGGUAGCAGAGGAUCGCCUGCAGGUCCUUCAGAUCUACCGCCUGCUGCAGUGUGUCCAUGAAGGGGAUAAGGUGCAGAUAGAGAAGAUGGUGAACCUUGGCGUUGAAAACCUCAUCAAUCUCACAGAGCCACAAGAUGGCACAGGGGUGCUUCACGUCGCAGUUUCAGCCAACAAUCAGGACCUGGUCAGGUUCCUUCUAUCCCAGGGAGCACAGCCCGACAUCCAGGACAAGAAGGGCCGCACAGCGGUCAUGUUAGCUGCUGACCUGGGCAAUGAUGCCAUAGUGGCACUGCUGGCCACGAACCGUGCUAACCUGAGGCUUCAUGACAAAGAGGGCAAAGGUAUACUGUUCUACUGUGUUCACCCCUCCAAGCAGCACACCCGCUGCCUGCAGGUGGCACUGAAGUGCCAGGCAGAUGUCAACAAUGUGUGUGCACAGGGCACACAUGUUUUCCAGCUGAUGUGUGAAAAAGCCCAGGGGUGCACCCCAAUGUGUCUCAUCAUGCUGGAGGGAGGGGCAGACCCCAAUGCAACAAAUCAGAAAACUGCCGUCACAGCGUUGAUGGGGGCAGCCAAGGCCGGGUCCCUGCAGCUCGUUAAAGCCAUUCUCAAGAAAGGGGGAAACCCCAACGCCCUGGACCGAAAACGUCUCACAGCAGUGCACUAUGCUGCCAUGGGGGGCUUUUUUGAGGUGAUUCAGGUGCUGUCUGCAUACUCGGCAGACAUGGGAGUGAUCAGCUUAGAAGACUGCACCCCCUUGCACUACGCUGCUGCCACAGGCAAUGCUAACUGCUGCAAGUUCCUGGCACAGAGAGGUUGUAACCCCAAACUGAAGAACCAGGAAGGUUUUCUCCCACGUCAGAUUGCCAAAGAUGCUGGUCACAAAGCAGCAGCCAAGGAGCUGAGGAAAGCAGAGAAGCAACGGAAAGGCAACAAAUCCAGCGGCCUCAUGUCAGAUCUUUGGGUCCUGACCCUCCAUGACUGGUCUCACGAGUAUGAGACUGAAUUACGGCAAGCCUUUGGGGACAAAUCAGACACAGUUACCACAGAAAUGUUUAUUUCAGUAUUGGAGGAGCUGAAAGCUCCAGUUGAUCUAGACGAGCUCGAUACAGUCAUCUCAGCCCAUGACAAGGGAAGAGAGGGACGUGUCAACAUUAAUGAUUUCAUCAAAGGUGUCAAGUACAUCAAGAAACCAUUCCUCCUUUCCUCUUAUAUGACUAAAAAGAAAAAGGGAGAAAAAGGAGGAAAAGGAGGUAAGAAGAAGGGUAAAUUUGUUCUACCCAUGCCCAUUUGCACCCUCCCUCCAGAGCUUAUGCCCCGGCGACCAGAUGGAGGCCCACCCCACUUCAUGAUUGAGACAUACUACAACUGCUCAGACACCCGUCGAUUCGACCGCGAUCACCCGCCUGAACAUCCCAUUGUUAAUGACUCAGGAUGGUACAUGGAAAAGCCAGAGAAGGUGUACGUCAGUAUCAACUACUGUGUCAGAAGUGGAGACCUGGAGUCGCUGGACCUCGCUCUCAGUCAGGGGGUUCCUGUGGAUGUUCAAGAUCAGUUUUACAAGACCCCGCUGAUGGUGGCCUGCUCCAGUGGCAACUACGAGGUGGCUCAGUAUCUCCUCAGUCGUGGGGCGGAUGUGAAUGUGUGUGACCAGUUCUUCUGGACGCCACUCCACCACGCGGCUCACGCUGGCCAAGUGGAACUCAUUGAGCUUCUGGUGGAGGCCGGGGCCAGCAUAGAUGCUCGGGCCCUCAGUGGAGGCACGCCCCUCAUGAGGGCCAUCAAGAGCUCUCGACCCUCCUGUGUGGACUUCCUCAUCAAGGCAGGGGCCAGUGUUACUGCGGAGAACAAGAAAGAACAAAACUGCCUCGACAUCGCCAGAGCUUUUGCAGACUCGAGGAUUAUUGAUUUGGUUAAAGACAAGAUGGAUUCUCUGCCUAAACUAAAGGAAGCAGCGAAGGCAAAGGGGGGCAAAGCACAAAGGCCUAAACCUGGUACAGAAAAGGGCGUUGCUGCAGAAGGAGCGGUGCAAGCAGAGGCGUCGACUGCAACAGCAGGAAAGAUAUCCCCUCAGAAGGAUUCAAAGAGCGUCAUCUUGCAAAACACCAGGAUCACAACGGGGCAAACCAACACUGUGGAUAUCACCUUUGUGCCAAAAACGGUUUGGGGGAAGCCGCCCACCACCAGCCAGCUGAUGUCAAAGAUAGAGAGACGGAAGGAGCUCUUAUCCCUUGAGGUUGACUUUGACGACUUCAUGAUGCCUUUCAGCCAGAACAUCCAGAGGAAAACGCUGGGGAUGGCAAAAACCACAGAGUAGACCUGAAGGAGGUUAGCCAGAGAGAGACACUCAGACAUUUUAGAAUUCAGCUGGUGACCUGGACAUUGGAUUUAUUUUGGAUUAAUCUAUUUUCA